AUGUUACCACUCCCCUCCCUCCCCUCGAUGGAGUCGCGCUAUACGCAGAUACCCGCCAACGACCUCGAAGCAGAUGGUCUCAAUUACAAGUACGACGACACAUACCCACCCAUCUCUGGGCAGCCUCCUAUUCUUACUUUCCGAAACCGCCGUGGAGUUCGGUGGACUGUCCUGGCCCUGGGCAUCUUUUCCAUCCUAUUCGGCACCCAGCUAAUCUACCAACAACUCGGACCUCCGGGGGAAUUUAAACGAUGCCCUGCCCUCGUGGGCCCGGUAGACGACUCCCCGCAACCCAGAACGCCCAACACGGACCCGUCGCAGUGGUCAAAUGUCAUUCCCCCAAGCAGAUUGAUGCAGAUGCUAGCGGAGGGCGAGACGACGCCGCGGAGACUCAUCCAUCAGAGCUGGAAAACGCGCGAUAAUCUCCCCGAACACUUUCAACGAUGGAGCGACGACUGGAGGCGGAUACAUGGACAAAACUGGACUUACGUACUAUGGUCAGAUGAGGACAACCGGGCGCUCGUAGAAACGUAUUACCCAUCCUACCUCUCCGUCUACGAUAGCCUACCCAAACCCAUUUACCGCGCUGACAUGGUACGAAAUAUGUACAUGCAUCGUUUCGGUGGAAUCUACGCCGACUUGGACCUCGUGCCCCUGGCCAAUCUCGACGUGCACCUCGCCGCAUUCUAUGGCCCAGCGGAUGCUAUCCCAAAGGCCUAUGUAGGACACAUGGGGAAAGACAACUUUGAGCACUCGAUUCCAAACGCGUUCAUGGCGUCCACUGGACGAUUACACCCCUUUUGGCUCCGUCCACUCGAUUUUGUGGCGAAGCAUGCGGAAGAGGGCCAGUAUACUGCAACACCAGAGGCAUUGACCGGUCCCGUUGCACUGAGGACGUGCGUCAACGAGUGGGAAAGAGGUGCGACGGCGGAUGAACGGUCCAGAGGACAUUUAGAAGUACUAGAGAAUGGAAAGAUUUAUCCUCUCAACUGGCAAGGCGCGCCAAAGCUCAACUGGUGCCUCUGUCGGCGGCAUAGUCCUUGGUUCAAUGAGCACCGAUGCAAUGCGCUGUACCCAGAAGCAUGGACGAUCACCUACUGGACGCACUCAUGGUAA